AUUCCGAGCGGAUGUGACGCAGCAGCAGGAGUGUGACCCGAGGAACCUCAAACAUGCGUCAAUCCCGAAAAAAACAAACUCCACCAAAUAUCGGAUUAUUAUCUUAAACCCUAAUUCACACCCCAAAAACUAUCCAUGUUAUAAAUUAAGGAUAUAAUAAAUCAGAUAACCCAGCAGGGACUCAUGUGUUUGUCUUGUGGAGCCCUGUAUAAUCCAGCACCUCUCCAUGGAUUAAGCGCAGAGAAAAGCUGAAUCGAAUCAUUCUGCUCGAGGAAGGUUCAACAUGCCCCUUCCGUUCGGAUUAAAACUCAAGAGAACCAGAAGAUACACAGUGUCCAGCAAAAGCUGCCUGGUCACCCGCAUACAGCUGCUCAACGGCGAGUAUGUGGAGUUCACGCUUUCGGUGGAGAGCACGGGCCAGGAAUGUCUGGAGGCAGUCGCGCAGAGACUCGAGUUACGCGAGAUAACAUAUUUCAGCCUCUGGUACUACAACAAACAAAACCAGCAGAGAUGGAUUGAUUUGGAGAAGCCGCUGAAGAAACAGCUUGACAAGUACGGACUGGAGCCGACCGUUUACUUUGGGGUGGUGUUCUACGUGUCGACUGUCACCCAGUUACAACAAGAGAUAACCAGAUAUCAGUAUUAUCUCCAGCUGAAGAAGGACGUUCUGGAGGGGAAGAUCCCAUGCUCCAUUGAGCAAGCCAUCCAUUUGGCCAGCUUGGCUGUGCAAGCUGACCUUGGAGACUUCAAUCGAUAUGAAUCCCAGGAAUUCCUUCAGAAAAUUGUGCUUUUUCCAAUGCCAUGGAUCCAGGACGAGAGGGUUGUGGAGGAGGCCACUCAAAAAGUCACCAUGCUCUAUCAAAACUAUCGAGGUCUGUCUGCUCCAGAGGCGGAGUUACUCUACAUGCAGGAGGUGGAGAAGAUGGAGGGCUACGGUGAGGAGAGUGUCCAGGCGAAGGACACUCAGAGCACAGAUGUGAUUAUCGGCUCUUGUCUGGACGGGAUUUUUGUCAAGCACAAAAAUGGGAAGGCACCUCUCAUGUUUCGGUGGAAUGACAUUAAUAAUAUGACUCAUAAUAAGUCCUUCUUUGCCCUGGAGCUCGCCAACAAAGAAGACACAAUCCAGUUCCAGACCGAGGACAUGGAGACGUCCAAAUACGUGUGCAGAAUGUGGCUGGCGCGACACAAGUUUUACAAAAUUAACAACAGCAGUUUAGAGCUGUCUGAUGGCCCGAACUCUGAGGGCUCCCAGAGGUCCAUUCUCUCUCUUUCAUUUCCUCGCUUUCCAACCCUCUCUCGUCCCUCUGUGCCUGCUGACAAGGGACAAACUCAGCCCGCUCCUGUAAACCCCGUGAGGCGACGGUCCUCGACGAGAAUGUCUCUGCCAAAACCGCAACCCUACAUGAUGCCACCUCAGAUGCACUUUAACGGCCAUUACACCGAGCCGUACACGUCUUCGCAAGAUAAUCUUUACAUCAACAACCAGAAUGGUUUUUACUACCAUUCCCAAACCAGUCUGGACCGCUCUCCUCACGAGUACAACGGACGGAUCCGGAACGGCAGCGUUUACAGCGCCCAAAGCACCAGCUCCCUCAACAACCCGCAGCACUACCUGCAGCCGUCGCCCAUGUCGUCCAACCCGAGCAUCACAGGAAGUGAUCUCAUGCGGCCAGACUACGUGCCUUCCCACCGCCACAGCGCCCUAAUCCCGCCGUCCUACCGUGCUACUCCCGAUUACGAGACGGUCAUGAGGCAGAAGAACCUCGGUAUGAUCCCGCCCACCGAGCGCCAGAGCCACUCCAUGAGGAACCUCAACAUCGGCAACUCGUACGCCUACAGCCGACCUGAUCCGCUAGUGUACAGCCAGCCGGAGAUCCGCGAGCACGGAGCGGGCCAGUAUCCGUUCCACCUCAACUACAGCUUCCACAGUCCCUCUCCGUACCCCUAUCCCACCGAGAGACGGCCCGUAGUGGGCGCCGUUAGCGUCCCCGAACUCACCAACGUCCAGCUCCAGCAGGCGCAAGAGUACCCGCCGCCCAACAUCAUAAGGAAUCAGGUGUACUGGCCGCCACCGCCGUAUCCCUACCCUCAUCCUCGACCCGCCAACAGCACCCCGGAUCUGUCCCGUCACCUCUACGUCAGCAGCAGCAACCCGGAUCUCAUCACGCGCCGUGUGCACCACUCAGUGCAAACCUUCCAGGAGGACAGUCUGCCCGUGGCGCACUCGCUGCAGGAAGUGAGCGAGCCACUUGUCACGCCUCGCCGUCCUCACAUGCACAAGCGCAACUCCAUCGAGAUCGCCGGGCUGGCGUACGGACUGGAGAACAUGAGGCUGAAGGAGAGGAAGGUAUCCGCAUCUGCUGAAACUCCGCCCCCGGUUGCCCAGGCAAUGACCCCUACAGCAUCUGGCCCUGACAUCAAUGUUGUUCUGGAGGUUUCGAAGCCUGAGGACGUGGUCAUCAAGGAGGACGUGUUCUACGGCCACAAAAAAUCCCUGUCCGACGCCACGAUGUUGGUGCACAGCAGUGGUGAGGAGGAAGAGUUUGAAGACGACAGCGGUCGUCACACACCCCAGUCUCAGGAUGCGGUGGGCGGUCCUGAGCAUCACAUGACACCGCUGGAACGGUCACUCGUAGAUCCGCCCGCUUAUCCGUUCAGCCACGGUAUGGACACGGUCCCGACGGGCCCUCCCACGUACCAGGCCCAUCCGAUCAUCCGCAAACCGGAGGACAUGGGGCAGUUGCCCCCUCUCCGAGAGCCCGGACACAUGAUGCCCUCGAUGUCGGAGGGGGAUCUGAGUGGACAGGGACGCUUGAGACAGAAGAGAGACGUCUAUAAGAGACCCGUCUCUGACGUGCCACCUGCCAGAAGGAACAUCGAAGGCCUUCCGCCAGCAGGCAUGAAGAAAGGUCGUUCGGAAGUCAAGAAAGUGGGACCCCUGAAGCUGGCGGCUCUCAAUGGCCUGACCCUGUCCAGAAUGCCGCUGCCUGAUGAAGGGAAGGACGACCCGGAGAACGCGUCUAAUGAUGAAAGGUGUAAGAUACUGGAGCAGCGAGUGGAGCAGGGGAUGGUGUUCACGGAGUACGAGCAGGUGCCCAAGAGGCGGCCCAACUGUGAGUGCACUAUUGCUCAGAUGCCCGAGAACGGCGACAGGAACCGCUUCCAGGAUGUCCUGCCCUACGACGACACGCGUGUGGAGCUGGUGCCCACCAAAGAGAACAACACAGGCUACAUCAACGCUUCACACAUCAGGGUUACAGUCAGAGGUAAAGAGUGGAGUUAUAUCGCAUCUCAGGGUCCGCUUUCCAGCACCUGCCAAGACUUCUGGCAAAUGGUUUGGGAACAAGGAGUUGCCAUCAUCGCAAUGGUUACAGCAGAGGAGGAAGGAGGUCGUGAGAAGAGUUUCCGCUAUUGGCCUCGUCUUGGCUCUCGCCACAACACUGUUACUUAUGGACGAUUUAAGAUCACCACGCGCUUCCGUACGGACUCUGGGUGCUACGCCACAACCGGCCUGAAGAUCAAACAUCUCCUCACAGGACAGGAGCGAACCGUCUGGCACCUGCAGUACACGGACUGGCCCGAUCAUGGCUGCCCGGAGGACUUUAAAGGCUUUCUUUCGUACUUGGAGGAGAUCCAGUCCGUGAGGCGACACACAAACAGCUCCAGCGAUCCAAAGAACACAAACCUGCCGGUUCUGGUGCACUGCAGUGCAGGGGUGGGACGCACUGGUGUGGUCAUUCUGUCUGAGAUCAUGAUAGCUUGUCUGGAACAUAAUGAGAUGCUGGACGUCCCGACUGUUCUGAACUUGCUGCGGCAGCAACGCAUGAUGAUGGUGCAGACGCUUUCACAGUACACCUUCAUUUACAAGGUCCUCAUUCAGUUCCUGAGAAACUCCAGACUGAUCUGAGACCAGCGCUGGCACGGAGGAGACGUCCUCCGUCUCCCAUGAGCCCCCUCACAACCUCUCAGUCCGCCGGAACCGCGAACGCAUCGCACCGGCGGCGGCGCGGCUUCGCUUCCUGAGCGCUUCCUCACAGUAUUAGUGACGGGGCGAGACACGAGCCGGGGCAAGUAUGAAGGACGCUGCGCCGCGCUCUCUUUAACCAGUAUUAUUCACAGAUUUCACUGUGGGCUUUUACACGUGAUCACGGAUGGCAGUCCCAGCACUUUUAUUUUGCUGUACAUAGACGCGAAUGACGCAGCUCUGUUAUUUAAUACGAUACGCUGAACUGCAGUGGUUCUUUUAUACCGGGUUCCUCGUGGAUUUUAUUAGUUUACGUAUGAAGGUUUAGCGCGCCAAAAAGGAAAACAGCGGUGUUUAAAGACGUGUGUGGAUUUGAAAUGGUGAACUUCAGUAGAAAUGAUCUGGUGAAUCUCAUGAAAAGACACAUUUGAUGGAAAAUGUUCAGUUUUUUUGAUAGCAAUGCCAAAAAAGCCUUGUUUCUUUUCAUGAGAUUCACCUUUUUGCAUCAUGGGAUGGAUGUCACAGGACUCUGGGAGUUUGAAGUUUCACGUCCAGUGUUACAUGGCAUGUUAAAGCCAAGCUGUUUCUUGAGGUUUUGAUAACUCUACGAAUGGGUUUCGCUGUUCAAACGCGUCUCAAGUUUGAAUGCGACCAAAGGUUUAUUUUCUGAUCACAGACGCAACCUUUAAAUAAUUUACAAUAUGUAUUAAGAUUGUAUAUGAAAACCCUCAAAUGUAUUCUACGUAUCAUAAUCAGAAAGGCUUUCUUGUUGCGUUAGGGAUAUUUUUGUAUUUUUUCAGCUCUUUCAGCCACCAGCAUUCAAUAACCCGACGCACCAAAGAGCGUCACAGAUUUGAUUUGUGGAUUGGAGUGAGCAGUAAUUGUGGGUAUAUUGUUAACGGUUUGUGACCUCACUAACUUACACACACCAGCUAUGAUGGUUUACCAAAGAAUUUUCAGCAUAUAUCGAGUUCAUUUACUUCUUAAAGUCUUAAAACACUGUGAAACUGUGUUAACCAAGCAGAAAGUGCCAUAUCAAAUCAUUUAGGUCCUUGGCGUUUUAAUUCACACAAUGUUUGAAUGGCAAUCAGGUGUUAUAAUCUUUAAUUAUGAUCAAUUUAGUGAUGAUUGAUGUUACAUUCCACCAUAAUGGUGCUGUUCUUAAACCCAAACAUACCUGCAGUGUCCCAUUCAAACAUUCUCUAUGAAAGUGAAUCCGGUAUCCAGUUUUUCUGUGUAGAAAUUUGCCAUGGGUGAAUUUCACAAAAUAAAAAAGUUAUCCAGGUCAUAUUUCGCUUAAAAACACAAUGCGAAAAAAUGUAACCCUUGUGCAUCAAUUAAAAAAGGUCCAUAGUGGACAAAAAUGUCUGUGUCAAAAAACUGUCAUAAAAAUGUAAGCUUGGUCUCAUUUUAAAGAAGCAGAUUAUUGAUGUAAAAAAAAAAAAAAAUUAAGUUUCUGAAAAUGAUUUAUGAACAUUAUUUUAUAUAAAAUUCUUAUUUUAUAUAAAAUAUGUAUACUGCUAGAAAAUCCACAUUUUCCCCAUUAGAUACCAGCAAAACUCCACUGUGUUUUUCUCUCUCAAAUAUUACACACAGUUUUUUUUAUUACACACAUUUAAAUAUUGCAUAAUUUAAAACUGCAUAAUUUAUCCAAUUGGCUCUGUGAUAUGCAGAAGCAGAAAACAGGAAUAAGGUGAGAAACCUGAGAAAAUCUGGUAAUAAAAAAAAAAUAAAAAAAAGUAAAAAUGUAAAUUUUGAAGCCUUGCCAACAGAAUGAAAGCCUAUUAACAAAGACUGCUUCAUUUUAUAGUUAAAUAACCCUGGGAUUAAAAAUUGCAGUUUCAAUGGAGACAUUUUUGUCCUUAAGGUCCUGAGAGGAAUUAUUUUGUGUUACUAGUGUAAAAUAGAUUUAUUACAGGAAAUGAGGGUGAAAUAGUAAAAUUCCAAUAAAAAUACACACCUGUGCCAAAUUUUAUGCCGCUGGCAUUAACACAGGCAAAAUGAUCAAAAAAAAACUGAAAAAAACAAGGGUUGCACAAGGAUGUUUUACAGGAUAAGAUUUUUUCACAUGAAUAUGCGUAAUUAUAAAAAUGUUGCAGAAACGUUUAAUUGUCCCAAAAUAUACUAUAUUUUUCAUGCAAAAUAUUAAAUAAUUAUAAUAUUAUAUUUUUCCUUUUGAUGUUGGGCUGAAAUAUGACCGGAAAUUCACUCUAAAGCUCUGAAUGGUGCGUAAAACAAUAGCAAUUUGGUUGUUUUUGCUGUUUUUUGUUUGUUUGUUUGUUUUUUUUGUGAAGGACAAUCACUUUGUUUCACCAAUUAUAUUGUGCAUCUGAAUUCUGAAUAUCACUUCAUAAAUGAACUAAAACCUCUAAAGCUUAAAUUGAUCUGAACAUAUCUAUAGGUCGAGUUCCUCCAUCAACACGAUGGCUUGAAAUCGGCAUUUAUCCGUCAGUACUCUAUGAGGUAAAAGUCAUUUAAGUGUUUUGGAGUAAAUGGUUGUAAAAGCACAAUGUCCUUUUCAUAAUUCAUGUUGAGUUUUAUUGCUCUAGAUUUAGGCAAACUGCUGCGAGGUUUGCUCAUGUUACUAUGCGAGCGGACCGUGAUCAGUGUUCAUCUGAACUGGAAAACGGAAAUUCAAGACAAUUUAUGAACAAAGCUGAAAACUGGACUGUUAAAGCCCUUCCCAGAGCUGCUUUUUUUUUGGAAUACAUGUAUAUUAAUAGCAGAUACUGUUUAUAUUGCUGAUUUUAAGUGUUAUUAACUUUUAACCACAUUAAGUUUGCCGCCGUCGUCAUGAGUGCGUGUUCUGAUGAUGUACAGCUGUCAGAAGAGCUAAAUUAUAUCCCAUUGUAAACAACUAUAUUUUUCAUUCAGAAAAUAAAUAUUUGAAGUUGUUAAAGUAA